ACCUCUGUCACCGGGUCAGAUUUAUUGUAGCAACGGGCCUUAGUAACGCCCAGGAGUCCCUGGCGACAUGUGCCUUGUUCUCUCUCUCUGAAGGAAUGCGUCCGCAUCGCACGUUUCCUUUUCAUCGGAUUCCCUUGAAAGUAUUUUAUUAGGCAUCAUAAAUACCCUUUGUUCAUUAAACAAGUCAACAUGGGAUGUGGAACCUCAACAUCGACGGCGGUUGUACCAAUAGACUGUGAUGAGUUGACGAAAGAGGAUGAGACGGGGAGGCUUGGGUCUCGCGGGGACUCGGCGGUCUCCAAGGUGACGGCAGACAGCGGGGUGGUGGUGGAGAGCUCACUGGACCCCACGCUGCCUGGAGCGAUGCCCAGGAAAAUCCCUCCUCUGACGGGGGGUCUUCUCCAGGGCUGCGGCUCCCCUGGGGAGCGACCCCGCUCCAGUGAGAUCCUGGAGCAGCUGCUGAGCCAGGGCAUCAUCCCAGUAGGACCGCCGCGGGAGGGGGGCUCUGCCGCGGGGGGGGCCUACGACAUCACGCUGGAGGAUGGAGAGGUACCCAGGCAGAGACCUCCAGCCAGACUGGUGGCUCUGAAGAUCUCCCCCAGCAGAGACUCCAUCAACCACCAGACGCAGCAGGCCGAGGGGAGACACCAGCCCAAUGAAGAGGACCUCGAGGCUAGACUGAGGACCAAGUCGGCUCGGGUCCGAGCGCCUCCCGCCGUCUUGGCCGACUUCGAAGACCCAGAUCCCCAAGAGGACAAGCCUCUCCAUACAGCCGUCACCACCAUCGGCCCCGACCCCCAGGCCCACACCCAGGUCAGAGAGGCCAGUGAGGGGAGCGUCCGGGGGCCGAGAGAGGGCCCCGGGGAGGGCCGAGAGGAGGGCAGGGAGGAAGAGGACGAGCAGGAUGAGGACGAGGGACGAGACAGCCCAGGGAGGGAUGAGGAGGGGAAGGAGGCCACAGAGGGAGGGAUGUUGAGAGGUUGUGGGGACAGAGAGGUGGGCGAUGGUGGACCGGUCCAGGAUGCGGGGCUCCGGGUGGGACAGCUCCACACAGCAUCGGGGGACUUUGAGAGCGACCCCUCCUUCCAGAAUACAGACGACACGUUUUAACACCCGACAACUGAGUGUGUGUGUGUGUGGGUGUGUGGGGUGGGUGUGUGGGUAUGUCUGUGUGUGACUGAGUAAGUGUGUGUGUGUGCUUGGGGAUUGAUUUCAUGCCAUACUAUUUUGGGGAAUUCCGAAACCCUCGAGAGGUUAAAAGCCAUCUUAAGCAGAGCACUCACGUAACAAUAAAAUGCUCACACAGUCACUGCUACAAGACCAAAACAAUCAAUCAAUCAAUCAAUCAAUCAAUCAAUCAAUCAAUCAAUCAAUCAAUCAAUCAAUCAAUCAAUCAAUCAAUCAAUCAAUCAAUCAAUCAAUCAAUCAAUCAAUCAAGGCUACCAGUCACUUAAUAACGGUUCUCACAGAAAGUUGAGUUGGUAACAAUAUUUUUGAUUUCAUAACUAAAAUUGCGUGUUUACUUUCUCAAAUAGAAUAGAAAAUACCACAAUAUUGGUCACCCAUUUACAGUCCUACGUUGUACCACCAGAGGGUGCUCAACACACCAGUGGGGGCACUUAUGGCCAACUUUAUGUAUCACAAAUGGAUGGGCGUACAGCAUUUUUCCUGGCAUGCCAGUCUAUGAGGGGUGAGUAAUUAAUUGGUGAAUUACUAUUUUUCUAAACAUUGGUUAAACAAGAAACACGCAAUUUUUAAUCACAACUUUGGAGGAGCAGUAGAACCAAAUCAGUUGUACUGUCUUUGUGUAUUUUAACCUUUAGAUGGCGGCAAUCUCCCAAAAGUAGUCUAUGGCGUAGUUCCUCUUAAAGCAAGCCAUUACAGUGGAGAGUUACUACGGCCAAUUAGAAUAAACCUGUUAACCUGUCAAACAAUACGACUCCAGCAUAAACGUAGCUAAUGGGGAUAUUGGGAACCUUUUUUAUGUUUUAAGUGAAAGUCGGGCAGGAUUAUAAUAUAUUACCUCACUAUACUACCAAUAAAUUACCAAAAAUGAAUGUUCUAUUCUAUUAAAUUAUUCUAUUAUAUUAUAGCCUAGUUAUAAGAUAAACAUAAUUAAUUUGUUUGUGUUUGUUUUUGUUUUCCGAGGGGGCGCAGUUCUCUUAUUGGACACAAGAUGGUGCGGUUUCAAUUGAAGGGUUAUCGAUGCUUUACUUGUUGUAUUACGCCUCUAUUGAAAGCUGUUCAAUAUGUUUUUAUUUAGUUGGGACUAGAAGACAAAUUGUACAGUUUAUUCUUUAUCAAUAAAGCUCCUUUGUUUCUUCA